AUGCUAGCACUACUUCUGCUAUACAUCUCAAAGGUUCAGCCUCAAGAGAUUUCAACACCUGCCUCACUCCUGGGACCUGAACACUUCAAUUAUCACGCAUACCGGCUUUCACCAGAAGACAUUAACCCCACCAAGAAAGGUCCCGUAUUAUUUCCAAACGACUCCCCCCCUCCACCGCGUCCUCCGUUAGUGGUAACCUCUCGUCCAAUCUUAGAAUCUAUAGCCAGAAGCGAGCUGAAUCCUCUACCUCAAAACUCAACAGAAACAAAACAAAAUGAUAAGGAUUUUGAUGAGUCAGCAUCCGAUUCGAACAUAUCAAACAAUCCGUAUCAGAAUUUCGUGGACGUGGAUUCAAUUGGAUUGAAUCCAGAAACUCAGGCGAGCUCAUAUUCUGUACCAUACACUGGUGUAUUGAGAAACAGAUUCUAUGACUAUCCUGAUACUAAUAAAGGAUACUAUAAUAAACAGAAUAACUACGCGUUCUCAUACAGAGUGAACGAUCAUAUAACUGGUGAUGAUUUCUCACAUUCACAAAGAUCUAGUGGUUCAGCGACCAGUGGCGAGUACAGAGUUAAACUUCCCGAUGGUAGAACUCAGAUAGUGUCUUACACAGCCGAUGAGAAUGGAUACAAAGCUGAUGUGAGAUAUGAAGAAGAAAUACAAACACACAAACAACAAGACAAUUUGAAUUAUAUACAAAAACAGAAACAAAUAGAUUACUCAUCAAACAAUUACUACGAUACUAACACAAAUUACAAAUACAAUCCGAAAUACCAACAAAAUUCGUAUACAUCCGACACAAAUGACUAUCCAGAUGAUUUCCAAUACGAAUCCAACAAUCCGUACCACAGCAAAUUUUCUAUUUACGACCCAAAGUUUUCAACAAUCCGUCCUAUAACUACGAAUGAAUUAACCGAUUCAGUGAAAUUCGAAUCCAGUACGAAAUCUGUUUAUGUUGCAAAUGAAAAUAUCUACACGACUGUAAAACCAUCUCUUCAAACUCUUGCCAUCUCUCAAUCUCCAAUUCCAACAUUAUCUCCAAUUCCAACACUAUCUAUUAUUCCAACUAUAUCUACAAUUCCAACCCAAUCUACAAUUCCAACUCUCUCUCCUUCAUCAUAUCUCGCAUCAACUAUAGCCAACUUGAAGAACAGAAUCGCAUCCAAGCCAAUAUUAUCCAAAAGCUUUAUAGAUAGAAUCAACAGAUAUAUAACUUUUUAA